AUGGAUAGAAAAAACAGCUCAAUGAUAGCUGAGUUUGUUUCGUUAGGGCUCACCAGCAGUUGGAAACUUGAAAUUUUCUUUUUUUGCAUAUUUUUGGUGGCCUAUGCAGCAAUCAUGGCAGGGAAUCUACUCAUUGUUCUCACUGUAACCUUUGACUCCCAGCUCCAUUCAAUACCAAUGUACUUCCUCCUGGGAAAUCUCUCCUUUCUUGAUAUGUGUAUUUCUACAAUAACAACCCCUAAGAGGAUGACAGAUUUCCUCAGGGAGACUAAAACUAUCUCCUUGUGGGGUUGUAUGACUCAGAUGUUCUUCCUUCACUUCCUAGGGGGAAGUGAGAUGACUCUUCUCAUAGUCAUGGCUGUGGAUAGGUACAUUGCAAUAUGCAACUAUACAGCCAUCAUGAACCACAGGGUGCUGGUGGGAUCUGUGCUGCUGUCCUGGGCUGUUGGUUUUGUGCAUACAAUGAGCCAGAUGGUCCUCGCUGUCACCUUGCCAUUCUGUGGCCCCAAUGUAGUGGAUGACAUAUUUUGUGACCUUCCCCUAGUAUUGAAGCUUGCCUGCACUGAGACCUAUGUUCUGGAGUUGCUAGUGAUUGCUGACAGCGGUCUGUUGUCUUUCAUCUGCUUCAUAAUCUUGCUCAUUUCCUACACUAUCAUUCUGGUAACUGUGCGCAGUCGCUCCUCAGCAGGACUCUCCAAGGCUCUGUCUACACUGUCUGCUCACAUCACGGUGGUCACUCUGUUCUUUGGGCCCUGCAUUUUCAUUUACAUUUGGCCAUUUAGUAGCUUCUCAGUGGACAAAUUUCUUUCUGUAUUUUAUUCAGUUAUCACUCCCUUACUAAAUCCCAUUAUUUACACUCUGAGGAAUCAGGAGAUGAAAUCAGCCAUGAGCAGAUUGAGGACAAGACAUGUGAGCUCCAGACAAACCUCAUAG